AUGACAUCAAUAACAGAUUUGAUAAAAAACGCAUCUCUUAAACUUUCAACUUCGUCAAAAGACGCUCUGACAGUUGAAUGGAGUUUCGUCAUUCAAGAUGGAAAGUGUGCAUCAACAACAUCAACGACAACAACAAUGACGGGGACCAUUGAACUGCAGCACCUACAUGAGAACACGCAAUAUAGGAUUUGUAUCGUGUUCGGCGAUGACGUCAACAAUAACAACAAUAACAACAACAACAACAACAACAAUAAUAAUAAGAAGAAGAAUAAGAAUAGCAAGAAUCUUUUUCAAAAUAAUUACGAUUAUGGAAAUAAAUUCAAUGGCAGCAAUGAUAGAAUGAAAGAAAAUAAUAACAAUGAUAGUAAUUAUUAUGACGAUGAUGAAGAAGGAGGUGCUGAUAAUGAUGUCAAAAUUAGUAACGAUGAUGAUAAUGAUGUGAUGAUAAGCAACAGCAACAACAACAACAUCAACGAAAACAACAACAAUAUCAACAUAAACAACAAACACGACAACAAAAUCAUCAUCAACAUCAACAACAUCAGAAACAACAUCAGAAACAACAACAAACCGAUCGACAAUCAACAACAACUACAACAACAACAACAACAUCAACACUUCGAGACACAACAACACAAGCAACUAUGCAUUCUUGCCACAACGACUCCAAGUUCAGUUGCACUUACGUUCGCCAGUGCUUUCGGUGCAUUUCUCGUUCUAGGUGCAAUCAUACUACUCGUCCUCAUCUCAAAAAUGCAACAUGGCUGCCGAAGAAAUAAAAACCGCGGGAAAAGUAACAGCAAAAAUGGCGCCAACCAAAGAAGCGAUGAUAAUGAUGCCUGUGGAGGUGAUGAUAACGAUACUCGUGGUGAUGGUGAUAAUGUUGGUAAAAGUCAAGGUUAUAUUGUUGUUUGUGAUGAUAUAGAGGAAGUUAGUUUUGUUGUUGGUAAUGAUGAUGAUGUUGUUGCAGCUACUGCAGCAGCUGCUGCUGUUGGAGGUAAAGAAAUAAACAACAACAAUGAUGAUGAUAGUGAUGAUGACGCCAUUGGAAACGUUAACAAGCGACGAGAUAUCGGAGACAUGGUGUUAUUAAAAUCUAUAAACAACAACAUCAACAGCAACAACGAUGUUGUUGAUGAUGAUAAAAUGAACGUUUCAUACAACAACAACAACCACAACAAAAAUGAUAGUAACGACAUGAUAAUGAUCAACAUAAACAGCCGCAACAAAAACAAUUUCUGCGACAUAAACAAAAACAAAUUGAAUGAAACGACACCGGAAAAGGAAAUGGAAAGAAUUAAAUUGAAAACACAACAACAACGACAACAACAGCAACAACAACAAAAACUAGAUGGCCGACCAGCGGGAAUAACUUUAAAUAGUACAACCUGUCCGAAAUUCGUAUUGACAGAUGAGUUUGGAGUCGUCGCUCAGUUCGAUGAUGACUUGAAUGUUGCUACUAAAACAUCCAAAAAAUCAACAACAACAACGUCAACAACAACAUCAUCAACAACAACAACUUCAGCAACAUCAACAACAACAUCAACAACAACAACAAACGCCUGCAAUGAUUACGAGGAAAUCGAUCGUCCAGGCAAAAGUUAUGAUAAUGAUUUUGGUUAUUCUGGCAGUAAUGAUAACGAUGUCAGAUUUGGUGGUUGUGGUGGUGGCGAUGAUGAUAAUGAUGGUGGUGAUGAUGGUGGUGAUGAUGGUGGUGAUGAUGGUGAUGAUGGUGAUUUUUAUUGGCCUCCUGAUAUCAGUAACCAGCCGUGUGUUGUGAGAGAUAUAAUUAACGGAAAUGACGUUGAUGACAAAGAAUUUUCAAACAACAACAACAACAAUAUCAACAACAACAACAAUAAUAAACAACCAACUAGCAAGAGAUUGAAUAAGAAAAGGAUGCUUCAAAGAUCAAUUGGUUUCGAUGAUGACGACGAUUGA